UGACCAGCUCCCUGAUGCACCCUGACCUCUGGAACCUCUGUGAGAUUUAGAGGAAAGAACCAGUUUUCAGGCAGAUUGCCUCAGACCAACAAUCUCCACUUGCCCAGCCCUGUGGAAGAUUAGCGACCAUGUAUUCCAAUGUGAUAGGAACCGUAGCCUCUGGAAAAAGGAAGGUUUAUCUUCUGUCCUUGCUGCUCAUUGGCCUCUGGGACUGUAUGACCUGUCACGGGAGCCCUGUGGACAUCUGCACAGCCAAGCCGCGGGACAUUCCCAUGAAUCCCAUGUGCAUUUACCGCUCCCCGGAGAAGAAGGCAACUGAGGAUGAGGGCUCAGAACAGAAGAUCCCCGAGGCCACCAACCGGCGCGUCUGGGAACUGUCCAAGGCCAAUUCCCGCUUUGCUACCACUUUCUAUCAGCACCUGGCAGAUUCCAAGAACGACAAGGAUAACAUUUUCCUGUCACCCCUGAGUGUCUCCACGGCUUUUGCUAUGACCAAGCUGGGUGCCUGUAAUGACACCCUCAAGCAACUGAUGGAGGUAUUUAAGUUUGACACCAUAUCUGAGAAAACAUCUGAUCAGAUCCACUUCUUCUUUGCCAAACUGAACUGCCGACUCUAUCGAAAAGCCAACAAAUCCUCCAAGUUAGUAUCAGCCAAUCGCCUUUUUGGAGACAAAUCCCUUACCUUCAAUGAGACCUACCAGGACAUCAGUGAGUUGGUAUAUGGAGCCAAGCUCCAGCCCCUGGACUUCAAGGAAAAUGCAGAGCAAUCCAGAGCGGCCAUCAACAAAUGGGUGUCCAAUAAGACCGAAGGCCGAAUCACCGAUGUCAUUCCCCCGGAAGCCAUCAACGAGCUCACUGUUCUGGUGCUGGUUAACACCAUUUACUUCAAGGGCCUGUGGAAGUCAAAGUUUAGCCCUGAGAACACAAGGAUGGAACCGUUCUACAAGGCUGAUGGAGAGUCGUGUUCAGCGUCUAUGAUGUACCAGGAAGGCAAGUUCCGUUAUCGGCGCGUGGCUGAAGGCACCCAGGUGCUUGAGUUGCCCUUCAAGGGUGAUGACAUCACCAUGGUGCUCAUCCUGCCCAAGCCUGAGAAGAGCCUGACCAAGGUGGAGCAGGAACUCACCCCAGAGGUGCUGCAGGAGUGGCUGGAUGAGUUGGAGGAGAUGAUGCUGGUGGUCCACAUGCCCCGCUUCCGCAUUGAGGACGGCUUUAGUUUGAAGGAGCAGCUGCAAGACAUGGGCCUUGUCGAUCUGUUCAGCCCUGAAAAGUCCAAACUCCCAGGUAUUGUUGCAGAAGGCCGGGAUGACCUCUAUGUCUCAGAUGCAUUCCAUAAGGCAUUUCUUGAGGUAAAUGAAGAAGGCAGUGAAGCAGCUGCAAGUACCGCCAUUGGGAUUGCUGGCCGUUCGCUAAACCCCAACAGGGUGACCUUCAAGGCCAACAGGCCUUUCCUGGUUUUUAUAAGAGAAGUUCCUCUGAACACUAUUAUCUUCAUGGGCAGAGUAGCCAACCCUUGUGUGAGCUAAACUGUUCUUAUUCUUUGUACCUCUUCCUAUUUUGGUUUGUGAAUAGAAGUAAAAAUAAAUACAACUACUCCCAUCUUACAUUAUAAAUGGACUCUGCAUCUUAAAUGAAGACAAGGAAAGGGGAAACAUGCUAUUGGGGCAUUUGGUAAAAUGAUGCCUUCAAGUUGUUCUUUGCCCAGUAACCACAUCUGGAUCAAGAAAAUGAGGGAGACAGCGAUGAAAGAUGGUAGACAGCCAGAAAGGAAUGGGAGAGUGAAUUCUCAGGAUUUCCACGACACUAAAAAAUAUCAAUAAAAACAAAUUUAAACAAAUUGUUUCUAUAUAUGGAAAAGACAGAUUCAAACCUGAGUAUUAAACCAUUUAAUUCUCAAACCAC